UUGGCAAUAAGCUUCCAUUUGUGGACACCGCUUCUGUCUGUAAACGUUGUCUGGGAAGGGACAUUAUUCAUUACGGAUAUACUGUGUGUGUGUUUCUGUGUUUUUUUUUAUUAUAAUGGUCAACCGGGAAAGGAAAAAGGAGUAAAUAUAAUAUAUUGAGAAGCCGGUUACGGGGACUUCACUCAGGUGCCAGGAGUUUUGAUGCAGGGUGCCUUCACAACGUAGGUUGAGACAGCAGUGGGAAAGGGUGCAGCCAGGACAGGGCGCUCGCGUCGUCGCGAUGUCCAGUCCCCGGGGCAGCCCGCUACCUCCCCCCGAAGGCCUCCCCUCGCCAGCAUGCCCCGAUGUGGACCCGUGUCUGCCCGCCGGCAGCCCCCUGCUCAGCCCGGACUCGUCCUCCCACGAUGUCACCCUGUCGGCCGCUGCCGUCUCCCCCGCAGAUUCCGAGAACCUGAGCCCCGAUGAACUGGAGCUUCUGGCCAAGCUGGAGGAGCAGAACAGGCUGUUGGAGGCAGACUCCAAAUCAAUGAGGUCGAUGAGCGGCUCUCGGAGGAAUUCGGGCUCCUCGCUAGUGUCCAGUUCGUCGGCCUCCUCGAACCUGAGCCACUUGGAGGAAGACACCUGGAUCCUGUGGGGACGUGUUGUCAAUGAGUGGGAGGAGUGGCGACGCAAGAAAGACAAGCUGCUUAAGGAGAUGAUCCGGAAGGGCAUCCCACACCACUUCCGGGCCAUUGUAUGGCAGUUGCUGGCAAAUGCCACAGACAUGCCUGUGAAGAACCAGUACUCAGAGCUACUGAAGAUGUCGUCCCCAUGCGAGAAGCUGAUCCGCAGGGACAUUGCCCGCACCUACCCGGAGCACGACUUCUUCAAGGGCCAAGACAGCCUGGGCCAGGAGGUGCUCUUCAACGUCAUGAAGGCCUAUUCCUUAGUGGACCGGGAGGUGGGCUACUGCCAGGGCAGCGCCUUCAUUGUAGGACUGCUGUUAAUGCAGAUGCCGGAGGAAGAGGCCUUCUGCGUGUUUGUUCGACUCAUGCAGGAGUAUCGGCUGAGGGAGCUCUUCAAACCCAGCAUGGCCGAGUUGGGCCUCUGCAUCUACCAGUUUGAGUACCUGCUACAGGAACAGCUUCCAGAGCUCAACAUGCACUUCCGCUCGCAGAGCUUCCACACCUCCAUGUACGCCUCCUCCUGGUUCCUCACACUUUUCCUCACCUUUCUGCCACUGCCCGUCGCCACACGCGUCUUCGACAUCUUCAUGUACGAGGGUCUGGAGAUUAUAUUCCGUGUGGGUUUAGCCAUCCUACUGUACAACCAAACAGACCUCAUCCAGCUGGACAUGGAAGGCAUGUCUCAGCACUUUCAGAAGGUGAUUCCACACCAGUUUGACAGCUGCCCUGACAAGCUGAUCCUCAGAGCCUACCAGGUCAAAUACAACCCCAAGAAGAUGAAAAAACUGGAAAAGGAGUACACCACUAUCAAGAAUAAGGAAAUGGAGGAGCAGAUCGAGAUUAAGAGGCUACGGACAGAGAACAGGCUACUCAAGCAGCGCAUAGAGACUCUGGAGAAGGAAAGUGCUGCUCUGGCGGACAGGCUCAUACAGGGUCAGGUGACCCGGGCCCAGGAGGCGGAGGAGAACUAUGUGAUCAAGCGGGAGCUUGCGGUGGUGCGACAGCAGUGCAGCUCAGCCAGCGAGAGCCUGGAACGUGCCCAGACCACAAUCCGGGAGCUGCAGCAGAACCAGUACACAGAAGAAUUUGUGAAUGGCCUCCAAACACAGCUGGAGCAGAGCCGACUCCAGGAGGCAGAGCUGCUGGGCGCCUUGAAGGAGAUGCAGGACAAGGUGCUGAACCUGGAGAAGAGGAGCAACUCCCUGCCGGACGAGAGCAAUGUGGCACACCUGCAGGAGGAGCUGCGGCUGGUGAAGCUGCGGGAGUUGGAAACGCUGCGCUGCUUCAAGGAGAUGCAGGACACUGUGGCUGAGCUCAACCAGCGGUGGCAGCACCACACGGCCCGGGGGGGUGGGGCUGGCCACUGGAAGGAGUCGCCCAAGAAGAAUGCCAUUAACGAACUCCAGGACAAGCUGAUGGGGGCACGUUUGCGGGAGGCCCAAGCCCAGGCCGAGUUGCGGGAGGUCAAGUUGAAAGCUCUGCAGCUGGAGAGUCAGAACCAGAUCCACAGUAAGUUGGUGAGCCGCCAGCAGCAGGAGAGCACCGCUCUGCAGGAGAGGGUGCAGUACCUGAUGGUGCAGAACAAGGGGCUGCAGGGCCAGCUAAGUGAGAUGAAGAGGAAGCAGGCAGAGUUCGAAUGCAAGAGUAAAGAGGAGGUGAUGGCGGUGCGACUGCGAGAGGCUGACAGCAUGGCCGUCAUGGCUGAACUGCGCCAGAGAAUCGCGGAGCUUGAGAUUCAGAAGGAAGAGGGUCGAAUUCAGGGCCAGCUGAACCACUCCGAUUCCAGCCAGUACAUCACUGAUCUGCAGGAGCAAAUUGCUGAACUGAAGAAUGAGAUCAGGCAGCUUCGUGGACAGCCCUCCGCAUAUCAGCCCUCAGGAGGGGGAACAUUCCAGGACCUGUGUCUCACCGGCAGGAGCCCAGGAGAACGCGACUACCUUAGCUCAGAUGAGGAUCUGCUGCCAAGCCCCUUGCCAGCCAGCACUCUGUACACCUCUCUCCCAGCACCCUGCUGUCCUUCUCCACACCUGGCGAGCGAAGGCAGCAGUGACAGUGACGUGGAAGAGAGAGACACCAACACAGAUGACACCCCACCUCCCCAAAUCUUCCCUGGUAUGCAAUCUCUGCUGCUGCACGUCAACAGCUGGCUCCGCAUCUUCUGCCAUCUGCGCACCAUGCCUCGCUCAUUCCUAGUGAAAAGCAAGAAGGCAGGAUCCUGUGCCUCACGUCCCUGGACUGCCUUGCGCUCUUCGGGCUCCACCCUGUGUCACACGUCACCCCAAGAUGCCCGCUAUGUUGGAGGGCAACAAGGCGCCCCUCCUCAUGCGAAGCGCUCAUCUGAGGUCAGAGCGCCGCUCCAUCCAAGUCCCGUCUCUCCUGGGACGGCGGAAUGCACUCCACUCCUACCGCUGCCUAUAAAGCUGCAUGCCGACCCUUGUCUUCAAAACCCUCAGCCCAAAGAAGAGCCCCGCUCUGCUAUGGCUCCUCCUGUGUCUGCUCAGCCCUGUGUGUCGCUGAACCCCGGGGGUUCUAGAAGGGAACAGGAACUGGAAAGGCUGGUGUUGGCAUUGCUGAACACCAGGUGCAGGGCUUGGCACACGCGCCCCCACCUCCUCAAUAAACUCCCUCAACCCGCGUCUACCCUGUGUGGAGAGCUGUGCACCUCCAGGUGUGGCCUGCAAGACCACCUGAACAAGUGCAACAUCCCCAAGCUGGAAGCAAAUCUGGCUCCACAUACUCCUCAUGGUCCCAUCCCUCAUGCCUAUGCACCACAGGUGAACCCCUGCUCCAGAGUCAAGGAUGGCCGGUUUAGGUGUAACGUGUGCAGCAAGGUGUUCAAGCGCUCCUCCACCCUCUCCACGCACCUGCUCAUCCACACCAACACGCGGCCGUACCCCUGCCAGUACUGCGGCAAGAGGUUCCACCAGAAGUCAGACAUGAAGAAGCACACUUUCAUACACACUGGUGAGAAGCCCCACGUGUGCCAAGUGUGCGGCAAGGCCUUCAGCCAGAGCUCCAACCUCAUCACCCACAGCCGAAAGCACAGCGGCCACCGGCCCUUUUCUUGUUCCCUCUGCCAGUUAGGCUUCCACCGUAAGGUGGACCUGCAGCGCCACCAGGAUUUGCACUGCAAGUACCGCGCCUCCUCCAGCCAGUGCUAAGACUGGAGCGCACGCUGCCAAACGCACAGAGCACCGCUUCAGGCACGCGCAAAGAACAGCCUGCACUCCGAAGCAUGGGUCAUAGGUCAUAGGUCGGGUUCUGCUUCUCUUCAGCAGUCCAGUGCUGGAAGCUAAAAACAGAGGUGGAUUUGGAGUUUAUGCAGACUGGACAGUCGAGUUACUGGAUUCAGAAGGCGUGAUUUUUAACAUGUUACACGUAAGAGAAUUUGCCGAUGUUGC